CUGGCCUGCAUCAAAAUUGGCGUCAUGGUGGGGCGCUCGCACGGAAGCGGGUGCUUUUGGUAGCCCAUUCCGCAUUACACAGGAGUCACAGUAGUGGAAGACAGUGGAACCACGGAAGAGCUUGGACAUUGAACAAGCAGAUUCAGAUUUACAAGGCCAGAGCUAGGAGGGCGCCAAUAUGUGGAUGGUCUAGCUGCAGCCUUUGCGAUUCUGCUGCCGCCAGAGGACAGGAUGAGAGGCCGCAGCUUCUCCCUGAAAUGGUGGCAGCGCAAAGGGCGGGUUGGAGAGGACUCCCCUGAACUGAACAAAGGCGCAGAGAGCCCAGUUUUGGAGAAGCACGCAAUCCCAGACGACCCACCCACGUUUUGGGCCUGGGGGGGAGACCAGAUCCCAGCUGCAAAGGACGCCCUCCCAUGCAGUCUGGUCAUCUCCUGGGUGUUCAAUGAGCUGGCGUUGCUGGAACUAGAACCGGCACAGAAAGCGGACGUGCGGAAGAGCGCGCCAGCCGUGAACGCUGCCGCAAGGAACAGGCUGCGGGCGGAGCGCAAGAACCAGUACACCGUCUUUGCAAAGGUGCUGCUCAAGUGCUGGGCGGCAAACCCCGAGGAGUUCCCGCAGACGUUCUGCGACAGGGUCUGGGCGGAGGUGUCGGGGACCCCCCGGGGCGCCGGCGCGCGGACCCCGGAGAGCGUCAUCUUUCUCGAGGAGUUUCUCGCAGGGAAAGAGUUUGGCAUUGCGCGGGGAGUGACGCAGGACGGGCUGUGUGGACAGAAGCUGCUGCCGGUUUUGUUCAGAGUGUCAACCGCCAAGGCUCAGCGGCUGCUGGGUGCGGUUGACACCGUAUAUUGGGCCUUGCUGAGUCCCAUUGUGGCGGGCCAGCCGCGGAGUCAGUUUUACCCGCCCUGGGUGGAGGGGGAAGUCUACAGAGAAAUGAAAGAUAAGAGGCUGCGCACUGAGCUGGAAAGAAUCCUUAAGAGGUACCUGGACGAGGCGAACAGGACAAUCGAGGGGAGGCAGGCGGAGGCGGAUAAGCGGCGAGCGCUGAAGGCGAAGUUGGAUGCGCAAAAAACAGGAAGCAUGGACAUGUGGACAAAGAAGGGCAAGACGAACAAGCAAAUACUCUCUGCUUUGAGUCCAUAA